AUGUUCCCCCUGUCUCCCGUCCUAACCGACUUCUACAAUACACCCGAGAAUCACUACUGGCUUGUAACUCAGGAGCCUAUGCUUUGCUGCACAAUAUUGAUGAUAUCGUCAAGAUACCAUGUCCUUCCUGGACUUGGUGGUACCUCCCGAGCAUAUUCCAUCCAUAAUCGACUAUGGCAGCACUGCCAACAUCUCAUCCUCCGGAUCAUGCUAGGCCAGGAAAAGCUCUCAAAGGCAAAGACAAGACAUGUGGGUUCUAUCGAGGCACUUCUUCUGAUGUGCGAAUGGUAUCCACGGGCGCUGAACUUUCCUUUGGAAAACGAUGGAUGGGACUCAGAUCUGAUUCUUACAGAGCCAGACCUCCGAGAUCCUCCGGCACCAGCGAGCGAAAUACCUAUGUCCGAUCGCUGGAAAGAAGAUGUCGUUGAACCUACUAGACGGUCUGAUCGGAUGUCAUGGAUGCUAGUCAGCACUGCGCUGGCACUGGCGCAUGAGCUAGGCAUCUUUAAGAAUGAUAAUGGGAAGAGGAAGGAUGAGUAUGAUGUAACUGGUAUGCGGUCGGACGCAGGGGUCUAUCUGCAACAGUUGGAGUGGAGACGUCGCCGUCUUCCUUCUUUGUUGUAUGUGUUUGCCAACAUGCUCGCUUCCCGGUUGGGAUGCACAUCACUUAUUCCCGAGAUACCGAUAGUCAAUGCUGCCGAGGGUGUCACAGGUUGUCCCUGUGUAGACAAUGAAUGGAUGUAUUUCAUGGCUUCAUGGAUCGACUUAACCCGGUUGGCUAAAGAUAUCACCGACACGCAUUUCCCAGCAAUAGCCAGAAGCGGUGAUCAGACGAGGAACUUAGGAUCUUCAGAAGACUGGGACAGCAUGUUAUACCGCUGGCAAGCCAGCCGGCCAACAUUAAAUUCCCAUCUGGAAUCCAUCCUUCACAUCGAAUACCAAUAUCUCCAAGUCUUCACAAACUCCAUUAAAGUCCAAUCCCUGGUUGAAAACAUCCUCAACUCACCUACCCAGUCUGCCAGCACUGACCGCACCUGCAUCGAUGAAGUAAUCAACAGGUCAUCUGAGAUCCUACAAUGGUUACUCAUCCAGCCCAGCAUUCAAUACCUCCCCAUCCGCGUCUUCCUACGAAUCAUCAGUUCCUCAAUUUUCCUCAUGAAAGCCUUGGCACUAGGCGUCCGAACCACACAGCUUCACACCUCAUUAAACCUCCUUGAACAGACGAUCAGUACCCUACAAUCGAGCUCAUUAGACGACAUGCAGCUCGUAUCGCAAUAUGCAUCCCUAUUGCAGAUCCACGUUUCUCGUCUGCGACAGACCUUCAUGACUUCGGCACAGGAGAGGGAGAAGGACGUUCAAUCGGAAGGUCAAGAAAAUACCAAUACGAUAUCACUAGCCGGGCAGACAGAGCUAGUGCAAGGAUCUCAUGACCCUAUGCUCGGGCAGUUAGAUGAAGGUGGGGAUGAUUGGCUGUGGUUGCCUAUUGAUCCACUCAUGGCGCCCUUUGGCACUUGGGAUGAUAGUGGUCAGUUGGAUUAUGGAUUGAAUGCGGCGCAUUUGGACUUGGACUUUAUUUGGAAUUUGCCGCCGUGA